AUGGAGGCCGACGAGGCUCAACUUUACGGAUUCCAGACUCCUCAGCAGAGCAACUCCUUCAAGCGACCCCGUCGCAGUCUACAAAGCACCACUCCCUUGAGCAGCGUGACCGAGAGCGUUACUUCCUCCCCUCGACACUCUGGCCAGAACCAGUUUGCACCUCAGCUCUUUGACCACGUCAAUGCGCUGAAGCACCUUGACGACCAGCAAAUCCUCCAGCUACUAUCUGUUGCGCGCAAUGGAGAUGGCAUGCGUCGUUCGGCCGCAGACAGGUCGUCUAUGUCGACUGUCGGAAGCCGCGCGUCCUCAUACUUGAGCGUUCCCUCCAGCAGAGUGCCCAGUAUGAUGUCCGACCCGCGCUCGUCCAUCGCAUCUACCGACUCCUCUUUCACACACUACAGCGCUGCAUCCUCACGCCUUUCUACCGCAUCUUCAAACCGACUUUCUACAAUAUCCACCGCAUCGACACCUGCGCCCAAGAACUUUGCCUGCACAUUCUGCGACAAGGCGCUCAAGUCGAAGCCGUACUGGAAGUCGCACGAAGAAGAGUUUCACGAGCAGCGACUCACAUGGCGAUGUCCCGACUGCGAACAGAUCUUCCAUGCUGGCAAGCGCUUCCGUGAGCAUCAUACCAAGUUACAUGGCUGUGAGCACUGCAAGCAACCUAGGGAGAGCGGACAACCCACUAGCAGGAAAGCAUCGCCAUGCGUCAAGAAGUACGAGAUCGUCAUGCACGACAAGGACGCGUGGGGUUGUGGCUUCUGUGCUUCUCUUUUGACCACUUGGGAGGAACGAUGCGAGCACAUUGCGCUUCAUUUUGAAGAGAAGGGUGCAUCCAAGUGGAACUUCACGAAUGUUGUCCUUGGUCUCUUGAAGCAACCGGAAGUCGCCAACGCGUGGAACCAGAUGAUGCUCGAUCGUCAUGGAGACGAACAGAACUGGCCGUCGCUGUCAUGGGAGUCUAAGAAGUGCAACCGUUUACGGUACAAGCUCGAAACUAAGUGGGACACCCGCUCCUACGAUAUCGAGAAGCUGGUGCAGGACACUUAUGACUUGGCGGAGAUCGAGGUCAAGGACGUUGUCGAACCCACAACGGAGGUCACCCCCGAAGCCACAGAGUCUGUCGACAACAGUCAAGGCGAGAUGGUGGAGUUCAAGCUAGAAGCGUCUGACUUCGGCACUGACAACAGGCUCCACAGCUCCCACGGGCUACCGUCCGACCAUAUGAUGAUGGAUAUCGAUGCAGUGGAGCCUCCGCAGCCGAUGCAUCACCAGGACAUGCAGCCAUCUCAAUGGCCUGUCAGCACCGAUAUGUCUCAUUCCAUGAGUGCGGCUACUUCGAUGGGCGGUUUCGACGCUUUCGGUACCACCAUGACUUCGAUGCCAACGGAUUUCUCGCAACCCAUGGCGCAGAGCUUCCAGCCACAGCAACAAAACUGGUCAAAUGCCGGCUUUGCAUCGACGCCUGACCUACUGAACUACCAACAACCAGCGCAGUACAUGGACUACCAGCAGCCCAAAGAGAUCGUCUCUGUACCCACGUCGCAGUACGCCAACUUCGCGCACUACCCUCGCCAGAGUCUCCCGCCCAAUUUCCUGCAGCAGCAACAGCAACAACAGUCACCUAGCACCCCGACUUCGCGUCGAUACGUUCCCAAACUAAUUAACAUCUCGAACAAUUCGAGCCACCGUGGCGUGCAAUUGGAACAAGCGCCACCCCCACCUCCUAAAGACGAACACCAGAACCGCUUCUCCCGGCUCAUCAUGAGACGACGACCCAGCAACAUUUCCCAACAUAGCAUGGUCUCGCACCGUGACAUGGGCGGCACAUGGGGCGAUGUCGACAACUGGGGGUGA